CCGCAGCAGCAGCAGGAGCAGCAGCAGCUUCCUCCGCCCUGGGACGAGCACACAGCCCUCUCUCCGGCCGGCGCCCGGGGCAAAGAAGCGCGAUGCAGGGCCAAGGAGGCGGCAGCAGCGGCGGAGCUGGCCGGGCGCUGCGUUGCGCUCUGGCCGCGGCCGGGUUGAUCUCGGCGCUGAGCGCCGUCGGGACCCUCUUCUUGCUGGCCCAGUGGCGGGAGCUGAGCGCGGCGUUGCGGGAGCUGCAGGAGGAGGCGAGGCAGCUGCGGGGACCGCCGUCCUCCGGGGGUCCGGCGGCCGCGCUCCGGGCUUUGCUGGCGCCCACCGUUCCAACCGACGGCGCCAUCCCGCCGUCCGGCCGGGCUAAACGGAGCCAGCAGCGGCGGCGCGGCCUCGCCAAGGGUCACCUCCGAGCGGAGAGCGAAGAGAUGCUCAUGCUGAUGACUUACUCGAUGGUGCCGGUCCGGGUAAUGCUUGAGUUGUGCAAUAGCACAAAAGGAGUGUGUUUAACAGGUCCACCGGGAUUACCAGGUCCCCCUGGAUUUGAUGGAUUGCCUGGUUUGAAUGGAUCUGAUGGUGCUCCUGGGAUUCCUGGACAAAGAGGUGAACCAGGAAAAAGAGGGAAAACAGGACCUAAGGGCGAUCCUGGAGAGAAGGGUGAAAAAGGAGAUCCUGGUGAAAUUGGUGCGCCUGGAAAAGAGGGGGAACGCGGUGAAAAGGGCUCCAGAGGAUCCAAAGGUGAAAAAGGAGAAGCCACCAAUGAAUUGGUUUCAGAAGGUGAGAAAGGUGAUCCUGGUCCUCCAGGACCUCCUGGUCCCCCAGGACCUCAGGGACCACCAGGACCUCAGGGACCACCAGGAACUUCAGGGAAGCGUAAAGCCAAGUCCCAAGAGGAGAAGAUCUACAACACCGAAUGCACAGGAGAGGCUUGCAGCAUUCCAAACGACGAUACUCUCGCCGGGAAAGCCAAAGAGCGAGCCCAUCUCUAUCAACGCAGAAAACCCGAAAACACGAUCGAGUCGAUUGGGAGGCCCGAAGAGAUCGUCAAACUGAAGCAAAGUUACGGGGCCUGGAUGGUGGAUCUCGGAAACCGCACCGAUGAAAAGAUUUGGAUCGCUGAGCAUUUCACGGGACACAUCAUCAAAGAGUACCAGGAUCUCAAUGCAUUGUGGAAUGGCAACUACACCCCCAUUGAACUGCCCUGGUCAUAUUAUGGAUGCGGCCAUGCCAUCUACAACAAUGCUCUGUACUACCAGCGGGUGGGACGCAACAUUGUUGUGAAGUACCACUUUGAGACGGGCCUAUCCAAAGCGUUGUCCAUUGAGAACUCUUGGUACUAUGAGCGCAUGUAUCUUUUCAGUACUUCCAAGUCGUACUUCAGCAUUGCAGCGGAAGAAAAUGGUCUCUGGGUCAUGUACCUUUCCCGGCCCGAUGAACACAUCAUGGUGGCAGAAGUCGAAGAGGAGACGUUGUCCGUGUUGCGGCACAUCAACACCACCUACCCGCAGUCCAAGGCUGGCAAUGCCUUUGUGGCCGGCGGGGUGCUCUAUAUCACUGAUAAGAACCACAUGCAUGUGGCCUUCGCUUUUGACCUCUUGCGCGAGAAGCAGCUGGAUGCCCGCUUCGAGCUGAAACUCUCCCUUUCCUUGGAAGGGUUCGAACAGAAAGUGUCUCCAGCCUCAAAUGCGACCUUGGUACCGGUGUUGGCCAUGAUCUCCUACAACUGGUUGAAUAAGCAUCUACAUACCUGGGAACAUGGGUUUCUGAUACAGUACCCUGUCCACUUUCUCGUCUAGCGUUGGACAACCUUUGGGUCACCCCAGGGGUGCGCUUCAAAAUUUUUAGCAAGGGGUUCUUUGCCUGGUUGCUGGGUGGGUGUGGCCAUGAUGGGUGUGGCCUAGUCAGCCUCCUGCACCACAGCGGGGGGGGGGUAUUUUUUGCCAUCCCUGGGCUCCAGAGGCUUUCCUUGAGCCUCCGGGAGGGUGAAAACAGCCUCCCCAGGCUCCGGAAGCCCUCUAGAGGCCGGAAACACCUGAACUUCUGGUAGGCCCAUUUUUUGUCCUCCCCGAGCCUCUGUGCACGCUCUGCACUUAUCUGCAUCCAAAACGGGCCACGUGGGGACUCCUGGGAGGGGCAGGAUGGGCGGGGCCAGCCAGGAGUGGGAUUUGGGGGUUCUCCAAACUGCAGAGAAUCUUAGCUAGAGGUUCUCCUGAACCCCUGUGAACCCCCAGCAGCCCACCCCUGCGUCACCCAUCUCUACAGUAAAGUAGAAGGCCCAUUUUGACAACCUCUCUUCGAAUUCCCAUCUCCUGUUCAAAAAAAGUCCAACGACGAAUGUAUCGGGAUACAGAUCAGGCAAAUUACAAUGGGCUGGUGUGUCCAUGAGUUAGAUCUGAGGACCACGACCUGUGCUUUCAAAGUUGAAGGUAGUUUGGGCUGCUGCUGGUCAUCUCAAGUCUUCCGGUUAGUUCAGAGGAGAUGAAUCUGCAUCAAUCUGCCCAUAUUAAAGCAGUUGUAAUAAAAAAAAAUCCUAUUAAUGUAUCCUGUAAUCCUACUGUUGCCUGAUAUGAAAAUAAUACAAGA